AUGAUUGUCCACUCUCGGACCCAAUCAGUCGUAGUAUUUACAUUCGCAUUCCUUGUCGUCCUUUACUUGACUUGGCAUCAUAAGGAUAAACUAUCUUGCGGGCUACGAGUUCUGCGAAAGAGUAGCGAUUGUCGAGGACGAUCAGGCAGUGACAUUCCUGGGGCGGCUACGGAAUUACAAUCAGAGUCGGAAGACCUCAACGAUGGACAGAAAGUCUUUGCAAGCGAUGACGACCUUGGAUCUCCCAAGAUCAUACAAUGUAGCAUGAGCUGGGGUGAUAUGGCUCACGUCUAUCCAAAUGCUCUAGAGACCCACUCCAAACACGGAAAGAGAUGGGGCUACCGAACCCAUCAUUUUGGCCACAAAAUUGUUCAUGCGGAGAAAGCGCAAAGCGAAAAUUUCAAUAGGCUCUACUACAUUCAGUCAAUCAUGCUUCAAGAGUUGAGAAAGCCUCCUAUUUUACGUGCGGCGUGGGUUGUUUGGUACGACGCAGACACAAUUCUUUUAAAUACCGAGAUUCCAUGGGAAACCUUCCUGCCACCUAAAGACGCCCUGUUCAGCAAUAUUAACAUGCUCGUCACGAAAGACGGAGAGGACUUCACAGACGGUAUUUUCUUCAUCCGCGUCUGCGAGUGGAGCCUUGAGGCUAUUUCAUCAGCCAUCGCCUUCCCCAACCUUCAACCACAAGAAUACAUCACACUGGCUACCGGAGGAGGCAGCACUCUUCAAUGGGCGUUCGAUCGCCCGCAUUUCCGGAAGCACAGGAUGUAUCAGCCGCAGCAUUGGUGGAAUGAACAUGAGCAUGUGCACAAGCAACCGACUAAUGACUCUGCGGAAGACGAGAGCGAGACGGAGAGCGUAAUGAAAGGUGUCAUCAACAUGCACUUCCCUCAAAAGCAAGCGAAUCGCGAGAAAUCGGUUGAAUGGUGGCUCACCGAGCUCCAGCAGUCGCCUAAGGAAUUUGUCAUUGCUUUAGACGACACCAAAUAUGAGAAAGAAAUCGACGACUUCUGGUCUCUGCUCAAGAAAGCCGAAGAAACUUUGAAAUGGUCCAACAAAGCCAAUGCGAGGAUGAAGAAGAAGUUCAAUGUCCAAGCGACUCCGAAUUUGGUAAGGGAAGCUGAGGAGGCGCUGCAAGAAGCGAUCUACGAGGAGGCAUAUGAUGGCGAAAAGGUUCAAUUUCGUAUCAAUGCGUUGAAGGAAACGAGUAAGGCUGCAGAGAAGGAGGCUAUGGACUCGAAGCAUGAUUUGACAAAUUUUCUGCCCGAUGAUAAGCAGGAAGGGACAGAGGAAGGGAAGGAUGAGAAAUCCGAUGAUGCAGCUAAAGAAAGUGAAGAGGAGGGCGGAGGUGCUAGAUUUGGGACGUCGCCACCUAAAUUAGAUCAGCAAGAUCAGCGGAAGGGCAUCAACGGCACCCUUGAAGCGCGCCGACUUUGA